AUGCGAUUAUCUUUCGCAGGACACAAAAGAGGGGCAAUACGUCGAGGCCGUAUCCCACCGGACGCCACGGCUCUCUCGUCCGUCAUCGUCAACCGUACUUUCAACGGAUUUACACAAGAAGCGAAAAACUUGAUUAUACAGGUCGCAGACGGCAUGACCCUAACCCUAAGAGGGCAGUUUGUCGCCAAGCCUUUCCAGCCCGUUACUGCAUUGAUAGAGACGCUAGAGUCCUCUUGGUUGUUGGCGUGUUAUGCGUAUAGCGAGGAUGGAGGGCGAUGGGGUGAUCCUUCGAGGCGAAUAUGGCUGGUGUUCCUAAAUUUGAACUUCAAGAGGUCUAGCGUGGCGACAAUGGCUAGGCAUCGGUGUGGUGUAUAUAUCCGAGAAAGAGUAGGACCCGUGCUCAAGCACUGA